UGGUUUGCAGCCUGGCUUGUGAUGUCUGGAGAGGUAUCAAGAAUGAGUGCAGAAGCUGGGAAGAAGCGAGGCCGAGCCCCUGCCUCUGGGGACAAGAAAUCUAAGAGGAAGGUGAAGAGGAGGGAGACCUACUCAGUCUAUAUCUACAAAGUGCUGAAACAGGUUCACCCUGACACGGGCAUCUCCUCGAAGGCCAUGAGCAUCAUGAACUCCUUCGUGAACGACGUCUUCGAGCGCAUCGCCACGGAGGCCUCCCGCCUCGCGCAAUACAACAAGCGCUCCACCAUCACCAGUCGCGAGGUGCAAACUGCCGUCCGCUUGCUGCUGCCGGGGGAGCUGGCCAAGCAUGCCGUGUCCGAGGGCACCAAAGCGGUCACCAAGUACACCAGCAGCAAGUGACCGCCAGGCCAGCGUGCGGGGCGCCGGUGGCUCUGUCCCUGCCCCCGGAAUAAAGCCGACACCCUCUA